CAGUAACGUCGCGAGUACGGUUUCCGGAAACACCUGUCGCAUGCGCAGCGAGAAGAUCCUGGUCGCGGUGCGGGCGCGCCCGAGUCCAAAGGCGGAUGGCCCGUCUGCCAUCUCGUGGGCCGACGACCGCGUCUUCGUCGCCAACGGAGACGCCGCCGCCGCGAGCUUUCGCUGCGACCGCUUCCUCGACGCGGCCAUGACCCAGGAGGCUGCCUUUGUCGCAUCGGGUAUGGCCACGCUCGUGCAGAGCGCCGUCGACGGGUACGCGGCCACCAUCUUUGCGUACGGCCAGACGGGCGCCGGCAAGUCGCAUACGAUCUUUGGGCCCGAGCGGUACCUCGUGCCGCCCACACACCUGCGCGGGUCGAGCCAAGGUUUUUUGCCGCGCAGCGUUGCGCUGCUCAUGGACUGCAUCGCGUCCAAGCUCGGCGAGACCCGCUGCGCCGUGCGCGUGACGUGCGUCGAGAUCUACAACGAGUCCGUCCACGACUUAAUCGCACCGAGUGCGCGGCCGCUCACAGUGCGCUGGAGCAAGGCGACGGGCUUCUUUCUCGAGGACGCUACUGUCGCGUCUUGCGGCACGUACGAAGAAGUCAUGACCGUCGUGCUUGCGGCCGCCGCCAACCGCGUCCACUCGAGUCACCGCCUCAAUGAUCGGUCCAACCGAAGCCACUGCCUCGUAACGCUCUAUGUCGACAGCGAGACGAACGGCGUGCGCAAGUACGGCAAACUAACGAUCGUCGACUUGGCCGGGAGCGAGCGUGCCCACGACACGGGGGCCGUGGGCACGCAGCUCAAGGAGUCGGGGUACAUCAACAAGAGCCUGUACUGUCUGAGCCAAGAACGUGUUUGCCAACGGUGUCUUCGUGCUCUUAUUCUCUCUCGCAGGUCAUUGGGGCGCUCAACGCGGCGGCGCACAACAAGACCACGUUCGUGCCGUACCGAGACUCGAAGCUCACCAUGCUGCUCAUCGACAGCCUUGGCGGGCGCAGCCGGACGCUCAUGCUUGCAUGCGUCAAUGCAGCGCCCGAGUUUAGCCGCGAGUCGACGCGGACCCUCGAGUUUGCGAUGGGCGUCGCUCGAAUACACAACGAGCCCACGGUGGCAUUGAGCCCGCAGGACAAGCUGGUCAUGGACCUCCGGGCUCAAAUCAAGCAGCUCCAGCACGAGAACGAGUAUCUUCGGACGCUCUCCACGGUCCCGCACUCACCGUCGAUGCCCACGUUAGCACCCGAGAGAGAGCGCGCACCACCCGAC